UCCAGCCGAGAGGUGGUGCUGGUGUGUCCCUGCGAGCUUUCUGCCCUUCGCUGAAACGCCAGACGAAGCAGAAUGACACUUUGUUGACCCGGCAUGUUGGGCCGCACAUGGAGCUGCAUGACGUGUGUGGCUGAUCAAUCUUACGGGACAUCGUUUUAGCGCCGUUAUUCUCAUAAAGUCGAAGUCAAAGUAAGAAAAUGCCCAAGAAAACGAAAGGAGACGCAGAGUGGGUGGGCGAUGAAGUGGCCCCGGCAUCUGGUGCAGAAAAAACUGUGAAAAAGGGGAAGAAAGAUAAAAAGGGGAAAAAGAGUUUCUUUGAGGAGCUCACCACAGAUACCAAACCUGAGAAGGGAGACGACGAGGCUGUCAAAGACACACAAGGAAAACCGCCUCAGAAAAAGAAGAAAGACCGUCGGAAAGGCAAAGGCGGAGAUGUGGAUGAUGAUGAUGAGGAUGUCAUGCUGAAGCUGAAGAAGCUCUCAGUGCAGGCUAGUGACGAGGAAGAUGAGCCAGUCGUGGCCCCCAAGAAAGGAAACAAGAAGACUAAGGGGGGAAACAUCUUUGCUGCUCUCAGCCAGGGCCAGAGUGAUGAGGAUGAGGAAGCCGACUUGGAUGAAGAUGACGAUAAACCAGCAGAAAAGUCACCAGAACAUGAUAAAGACGAGAAGCCAAAGAAGGGGAAGAAAGAGCAGCAGAAGAAAGGCAAACCUGCUGAACGAGCACGCAGCGAGGAUGAAGAUGAGGAGGAGGAGGAGGAGAGUGAUGGCGGUGACAUGAUGAAGAGUGCAGAGGAUGUGAUAGCAGAUCAGGCCAAGCAGCAGGAAGACGACCCGUAUGCUAACCUCACCAAAAAGGAGAAGAAGAAGAAAAAGAAACGGAUGGAAUAUGAGCGUCAGGUGGCCAGUGUUCGUGCUCAGGAUGCCUUGGAGGGAGAUUUCUCUAUUUCCCAGGCGGAGAUGUCCUCCAGACAGGCCAUGCUGGAGAACGCCUCUGAUAUCAAGCUGGAGAGGUUCAGCAUAUCUGCUCAUGGCAAGGAGCUGUUCGUCAACGCUGACCUUCUGGUCGUAGCAGGAAGAAGAUAUGGUUUAGUUGGACCAAAUGGCAAAGGAAAGACCACACUACUGAAACACAUCGCCAACCGAGCUCUCAGCAUCCCCCCCAACAUCGACGUGCUGCUCUGUGAACAAGAGGUGGUAGCAGACGAGACCCCGGCGGUGCAGGCGGUGCUGAAGGCAGACACGCGACGUCUGAAGCUUCUGGAGGAGGAGAGACAGCUGCAGGCCCUGCUGGAGAAGGGAGAGGACAGCGUGGCUGAGAGGCUGGACAAGGUGUAUGAGGAGCUGCGGAUCAUUGGCGCCGCAGCAGCCGAGGCCAAGGCCCGGAGGAUCCUGGCCGGUCUAUCCUUCACCCCAGAGAUGCAGAACCGAGCCACCAAGAGGUUCUCUGGAGGCUGGAGGAUGAGAGUGUCCCUGGCCAGAGCUCUUUUCAUGGAACCCACUCUCCUGAUGCUGGACGAGCCCACCAACCACCUGGACCUCAACGCCGUCAUCUGGCUCAACAACUACCUUCAAGGCUGGAAGAAGACUCUGCUCAUAGUGUCCCACGACCAGAGUUUCCUUGACGAAGUGUGUACAGAUAUCAUCCACUUAGACAACCAGAAACUCUACUAUUACAGAGGCAACUACUUGACCUUUAAGAAGAUGUACGUGCAGAAGCAGAAAGAGCUGCAGAAACAGUACGACAAGCAGGAGAAGAAACUCAAAGACCUGAAGGCUGGGGGCAAGUCCACCAAGCAGGCUGAGAAGCAGACUAAGGAGGCCCUGACCAGGAAGCAGCAGAAAGGCAAGAAGAAGGGCGGUCAGGAGGAGGAGAGCCAGGACGCCACGGAGCUGCUGAAGAGGCCUAAAGAGUACACGGUCAAGUUCACCUUCCCCAACCCCCCGCCUCUGUCUCCACCCAUCCUGGGCCUGCAUAGUGUGGACUUCGGCUAUGACAGUCAGAAGCCUCUCUUCAAAAACGUGGACUUUGGAAUCGACAUGGGCUCCAGGAUUUGUAUAGUUGGACCCAAUGGCGUGGGGAAGAGUACCCUGCUGCUGCUGCUCACAGGGAAACUGGGUCCUACUAAAGGGGAGAUGAGGAAGAAUCAUCGCUUGAAAGUGGGCUUCUUUAACCAGCAGUAUGCCGACCAGCUGACCAUGGAGGAGACGGCCACUGAGUACCUGAUGAGGAACUUUAACCUUCCCUACCAGGACGGCAGGAAGUGCCUGGGCCGCUUUGGCCUGGAGAGCCACGCCCACACCAUCCAGAUCUCCAAACUGUCCGGGGGGCAGAAGGCCCGCGUGGUGUUUGCCGAGCUGUCCUGUCGCCAGCCUGAUGUGCUGGUCUUGGAUGAACCCACCAACAACCUGGACAUCGAGUCCAUCGACGCCUUAUCAGAGGCCAUCAACGAGUACAAAGGAGCGGUGAUCAUCGUGAGUCACGACGCGCGCCUCAUCACUGAGACUCGGUGCCAGCUGUACGUGGUGGAGGACUGCACCGUCAACCAGAUCGAUGGAGACUUUGAGGACUACAAGCGGGAGGUGCUGGAGUCUCUGGGAGAGACCAUGGUCAACAAGGUCAACCCCUGAUGGAGCAGAGCCCCCCCCCCACAGUAACACGGAGGAUAUUUCUACUGGACUGUAACAACAGCAUGGAGUUGGACACAUACUGGAGUGUUAAUUUCUACCAAUGAAAGUGUAAAAUCUGUACUCAAAAUCUACAAAGGCCAAACAAUAAAAUAAAUCCAUUUUCAUCAUGU